AUGCUUCGCCGGGGCUCACGUGCAGCCUACUAUCAUGUGACAUCAGCUGACACGGAGGACGAGGAAAAGCCGGUUCCGCCCGGACUCGCCAUUCUGACCAAUCAGAGAGAGAGUAAUCAAGGCUCCGGCAUCUUGAAGCUUUUCAGACAUCGUUUCCAACCCGCCCAACGACAGUCAGAAGCACUCUUCUGCUCUCCCUCUCACCCCACCCUCUCCAAUUGCUGUCGAGCUCCUCGGCCUCCUAUCUUCCACCUCACAUAUUUUAUAUUCCGCACAUGCGAUAAUGCUGUCGCGGUCUACUUUCAGCCGAAAUGCGCCCCGUGCGCUCCAGAAGCAGUGCUCUGCUGCCGGCAUCAACAGCCGUCGAAGCAUGGCCUCUGCUGCGACCCCAGGCCUUCAGUACGAUGUCACCGAGCUGCUGGCGUGAAGCUCGCCAAUAGAGAAGUAGCAGGCCCUACAGCAACCCUGGCGUUGGUUGCAAAGGCCGGCCCUCGUCACCAGCCUUUCCCAGGUUUCUCCGAUGCUCUCGAACAAUUCGCCUUCAAGUCUACACUCAAACGGUCGGCGUUGCGGAUCAACCGGGAGGUUGAACUGCUCGGCGGUGAAGUUUCUUCUACACACUCGCGUGAAAAUGUUGUCCUCAAGGCCAAGUUUCUCUCGAACGAUCUUCCUUACUUUGCCGAAUUGCUUGCAGAGGUUGCUUCUCAGUCAAAGUUUGCAGCCCACGAAUUGAACGAGGUCGUCAUCAAGCACCUCAAGCUCAGACAACAAGCCCUUGCCGCCAACCCUGAGCAGCAGGCUGUCGAUGCUGCUCACGCUCUGGCCUUCCACCGCGGCCUGGGUGAGAGCAUUACCCCUUCUACCACUACUCCUUUCGAGAAAUACCUUUCGGCUGAAGCCCUCGCCGAGUUCGCCCAGCAGGCUUAUGCCAAGUCCAACAUUGCCCUUGUUGGCAGUGGCUCGAACUCUGCCGAUCUUUCCAAGUGGGUUGGCCAGUUCUUCAAGGAACUCCCCAGUUCUGGCAGCUCCAGUCAGUAUCAGCUCCAGCCCGGCGCAGCUUCCAAGUACCAUGGUGGUGAGCAGCGCAUCUCUUCCAAGGCCGGUAACGCCGUUGUCAUUGCAUUCCCUGGCUCCGCUGCUUUCGGCACCUCUGGCUACAAGCCUGAGGCUUCUGUUCUUGCUGCCCUCCUGGGUGGCUUCUCCCAAGUCCGUGCCUCUACCAAGAGCCACACCUACUCUGAUGCUGGCCUUUUCACCAUUUCACUUUCUGGUAAGGCCGAUCAUGUUGCUUCAGCUAGCAAGAAUGCUGUGGAUGCCCUCAAGAAGGUUGCCGCCGGCGAAGUUGCUAGCGAAGACAUCAAAAAGGCAAUCGCUUUGGCGAAGUUCCGUGCUCUUGAAUCGGCUCAGAACCUUGAAACCGGUCUUGAGGCUACUGGCUCUGCUCUUCUCAGCGGCGGCAAGCUUACCAGAUCGGCGAAAUCGCUCAAAGCAUUGACGCCGUUACGGAGGCCCAGGUUACGGAUGCUGCAAAGAACUUCCUCUCUGGCAAGGCCUCCGUCGCCUCUGUUGGAGACCUCUUCCAGCUUCCUUACGGCGAGGACCUUGGUCUGACCGUUUAAA